GCACAAAAAAAAUGGAAACUCCAAAUGAUAAAAAUAAAAGACAUCACAUUCAAUCGCAAGAAAAUAUGUAUAAAAAAAAGGAAUUAAAAACUGCUAAAGAAUAUGAAAGACGUUUAAAAAGAGAACGUGAGUCAAGACAUCAGAAAAGAACAAAAUAUCAACCAAAGAACAAUAAUGCCCAGAACCAGGAUACUAAUUCAUUGUAUGUAGAAUUACCUUCUGUUAAUAUUGAAUAG